UCUUUUAUAAAUUAAAAAAAAAAUAAAAAAAUGGCUGCAAUGCCUGGAAACAGCAGACGUAAUCAUUACACUUUAUUGAAUCAGUUUCCCGACGACGAUCACCUCCAGCAACCACCACCGCCGUCUAUCUUCUCCGGCACCGGCAGCGGCAGUGGCGGCGGAUACGAUUCAUCUCAUUCCGGCGAGAAAAAGCGAAACAACGUCGUUUUCGAUUGGGAUUUAAUGAAUAUGAAUCCAACAACAAGCGAUCAACGGAAUCAACAGAAUCGUCAAUCGCCUUUUCCGGCGUCGAUUGGUGGAUUACAGCGGCAGUCAAGUGGUAGUAGCUUCGGCGAGAGUUCGAUUUCCGGCGAUUACUUCGUUCCGUCUUUAUCGGCGGCUGUGAAUAGUGGCGGUGAUCCCGAUGCUGAAGUUUUGCGGCUGAAGUCGUUGGAAGGCGGCGGAGGAGGCGGAUCGUAUUCGUCGAAAAGCUGGGCGCAACAAACGGAGGAAAGCUAUCAGUUGCAAUUGGCGUUGGCGUUACGUCUUUCGUCGGAAGCUAUGUGUGUGGAUGAUCCGAAUUUGUUGGAUCCGGUGACGGAUGAAACCGCAGGGAGUAGGUCCUCUGGCUCUUCCACGGUUUCUGCAGAAGGUUUAUCGCAUCGGUUUUGGGCGAAUGGCUGUUUGUCAUACUUCGACAAAGUCCCUGAUGGGUUUUACUUAAUAUAUGGGAUGGAUCCUUAUGUAUGGAUGAUGUGCUGUGAUCUACAAGAGAGUGGACGAAUUCCAUCACUCGAGUUGCUGAAGGCCAUUGAUACUGGCAGUGAAUCUUCAAUUGAAGUGAUUUUAAUUGAUCGACGUAGCGAUCCCAGCCUCAGGGAGCUACAGAACCGGAUUCAUGGUAUCUCAUGUAAUAGCAUAACCACAUUAGAAGUUGUUGAUCAAUUGGCAAAGCUUGUCUGCAAUCGAAUGGGUGGUGCAACUUUAACCGGAGAAGAGGACUUGGUAUCAAUGUGGAAAGAGUGUAGUGAGGAUCUCAAGGAUUGUCUAGGAUCUGUUGUACUUCCAAUGGGUAGCCUGUCUGUUGGUCUUUGCAGACAUCGGGCGCUGCUAUUUAAAAUUUUAGCCGACACAAUUGAUCUACCAUGUCGAAUAGCCAAGGGUUGCAAAUAUUGUAAAAGAGACGAUGCUUCAUCUUGCCUUGUCCGUUUCGGUGUUGACAAGGAGCUUUUUGUUGAUUUGAUUGGGAAUCCAGGAUGCCUCUGUGAGCCUGAUUCGCUACUAAAUGGUCCAUCUACGAUAUCAAUUUCAUCCCCAUUGCGCUUUCCUCGUUUUAGACAAGUUGAACCCAUGGUUGAUUUCAGGUUACUGGCUAAACAGUACUUUGCUGAUUGUGACUCUUUGAAUCUUGUAUUUGAAGAUCCAUCUAGUGGUGAUGGAGAUACUGUGGAUGUCGUUUAUUCUAAGCAGUCCGAUAAAAAUCUUCUUGAUAUGAAUAUUGCUGUACGUAGUCCAAGUAACAGCAAUGAAGGUUCUCGUUUACCCCCUUCCAAAGCUGUGCGCCCCAAAGGUCAUGAUAGAAGUUCACAGAUUCCCAAGGCAUAUGCUCAGAAUAUCGUAAACACAACUAAAAUGGUUAACGACGUGCCUUUGCAACAUAUGCCCCAAUCCGGACAUAGAGAUUCCCAAUCAUAUGCCUUAUCUAACGCCAGAAUGGAGGCGACUAGUAAUCAAAGGUUUGAAGGGGGUCAACCACAUAAGGCGAGUGGAGAUUAUACCCUUGAUUUUGAAGAUUUAGACAUUCCAUGGAGUGACCUAGCUUUAAAAGAGAGAAUUGGAGCAGGUUCUUUUGGUGUUGUUCAUCGUGCUGAUUGGAAUAGCUCUGAUGUUGCCGUGAAAAUCCUUUUAGAACAAGAUUUUCAUCCAGAGAGGUUAAAUGAGUUCUUGCAGGAGGUUGCAAUCAUGAGACGCCUACGGCAUCCAAAUAUUGUACUUUUUAUGGGUGCUGUGACUCAGCCCCCGAACCUGUCAAUAGUCACAGAAUAUUUGUCAAGAGGGAGUUUGUAUCGAUUAUUGCACAAACCUGGUGCGAAAGAAGCAUUGGAUGAACGGCGACGACUGAGUAUGGCGUAUGAUGUGGCAAAAGGGAUGAAUUACCUCCACAGACGCAAUCCUCCUAUUGUUCACAGGGAUUUAAAAUCACCCAAUCUUUUAGUGGACAGAAAAUACACUGUUAAGGUCUGUGAUUUUGGGUUGUCAAGGUUAAAAGCAAAUACGUUUCUUUCAUCCAAGACUGCAGCAGGAACACCUGAGUGGAUGGCACCCGAAGUUCUUCGUGAUGAACCUUCAAAUGAGAAAUCAGAUGUGUACAGUUUUGGGGUAAUUUUAUGGGAGCUUGCUACUUUGCAGCAACCUUGGGGUAAUCUAAAUCCUGCACAGGUGGUGGCAGCUGUAGGCUUUAAAUGCAAAAGGCUUGAGAUUCCUCGUGAUGUAAAUCCUCAAGUAGCGGCACUAAUUGAAGCUUGUUGGGCUAAUGAGCCAUGGAAACGCCCUUCAUUCUCAGCCAUCAUGGACACAUUGAGACCGUUAACAAAACCUCCUACUCCACAAACAAGUCAAACAGACGUUUUAUUACUUACAUGAAGAUAUGUAAAGCACAACCCAGGUUUCACAACUCAUACGAGGCUCAUUGACAACGCUGAUUUCUGUACAUAUGUAUUCUGUUUUCAUAUUAAUGAUGCCGGAAUUUUCAUUUAUUUGGAACCCGAGAAAGACACUCGGUUUCUCUACAGGAGGAGAAAUCAAGUCCUGUUAAGAAGAUGUACAAUCUGUUUGGUCAUAAUUUUGUAUUGUUUGUUGUAAUGAAAUAACCACAGCUUAUAGGAAUGCCAUUACAUACAGUAUUGACUGCAAGGUGGUUUUUUAAAUUAAUGAUUAAUGAAGGCAGUAUAACUAAA